CUAAAACAAAUUCGUGGAGCGUAAUGUUCUUUAGCUAGCAAACACUAAACCGGUGUGUUAGACUUGUUGUUUAUACACCUAUUUUAGGAUUUUUUUUUGCGCAUAAGACACACAAAAAAUGCAUAUUGUCAUCUCUUGUUAAGAUAUGUGGCUGUCGUAGAUCGCUAGCUAGUUUAACGGUACUCUUGUCUUCUGGUUUGUGGAUCGCACAAGAGCAAAUAUGCCACAAUCUGCAGCUCUCAUCAGUGGGAUCCAGAUGAUGGUUUUGUACGAGACAAGAGCAAGGUAUUUUUUAGUGGGGAGCAAUCAGGCUCAGACCAAACACAGAGUUCUCAAGAUUGACCGCACAGAGCCCAAGGACCUGGUCAUAAUUGACGAUAAGCAUGUAUACAACCAGCAAGAGGUGCGUGAGUUGCUGGGCCGCCUGGACUUGGGAAACCGCACAAAGAUCGCCCAAAAGGGUCCCUCUGGCCUGUCUAAGGCCGUGUCAGCCUUUGGCAUCGUCGGCUUUGUACGUUUCCUCGAGGGCUACUACAUAAUUUUGAUCACCAAACGCAGGAAGAUGGCCGACAUCGGGGGCCAUUCCAUAUACAAAAUUGAGGACAUCAGCAUGAUCUACAUUCCUAAUGACUCUGUUCGAGUCACGCAUCCUGAUGAAGCCAGAUAUGUGCGAAUUUUUCAAAACGUGGACCUGUCGAGUAACUUUUACUUCAGCUACAGCUACGACCUGAGCCACUCGCUGCAACACAACCUUACUCUGUUGCAGAGGCCUUACGAGUUAUGGUCGUCGGCAGCCUCGUCCGCCGAAGAUGAAGCGAAUCAGCGGGGCAAACUGGACAGCUUUGACAUAUUUGAAGACGAAGGGCUGCCGACGCAAGUGAUUUACGGCCUCCGCAACGAGCCAUACUACAAGUAUGUGUGGAACGGGAAGUUGCUGGAGCGCGUCAAGGACAUCGUGCAUCACGACUGGCUCAUGUAUAUAAUCCACGGCUUUUGUGGACAGUCCAAGCUCCUAAUCUAUGGCCGCCCGGUCCACAUCACCCUCUUUGCAAGGCGCUCCAGCAAAUUUGCCGGGACCCGCUUCCUCAAAAGAGGAGCCAACUGCGAGGGGGAUGUGGCUAAUGAAGUGGAGACGGAGCAGAUCGUCCAUGAUGCCUCAGUUAUGUCAUUCACAGCAGGAAGUUACUCCUCAUACGUCCAAGUGCGGGGUUCGGUCCCGCUUUACUGGUCCCAGGACAUAUCCACCAUGAUGCCCAAACCCCCAAUACGAUUGGACCAAGCAGACCCAUAUGCACAUGUAGCUGGCCUCCAUUUUGACCAAAUGCUGCAGCGAUUUGGAUCACCAAUUAUCAUCUUUAACCUGGUCAAGAAACGAGAAAAAAGGAAACAUGAAAAGAUUUUGAGUGAAGAGCUGUACCCCGCUGUGAUUAACCUCAACCAGUUCCUGCCGCCUCAGCACUGCAUUGACUACAUCGCAUGGGACAUGGCCCGAUAUACCAAGAGUAAACUGUGCAAUGUUUUGGACCGUCUGAGUAUGAUCGCAGAGAAUGUGGUAAAACGUACUGGGUUUUUUGUGAAUCGAUCAGACUUCUACUGUCACACUCUCAGGCCCGAUGACAGAUGGGGAGAUUUGGGUGGACACGUUACAGUCUGUGGACGGGUGCAGACCGGUGUGCUGCGGACUAACUGCGUGGACUGUCUGGACCGAACCAACACCGCCCAAUUCAUGGUGGGCAAGUGUGCACUUGCUUAUCAGCUGUAUGCUCUGGGAAUGACUGACAAGCCCAAACUCCAAUUUGACACUGACUGUGUGAGAUUGUUUGAGGAGCUGUACGAGGACCAUGGAGACACCCUGUCGCUGCAGUAUGGCGGCUCCCAGCUGGUACACAGGGUCAAGACCUACCGGAAGAUCGCUCCGUGGACGCAGCACUCCAAAGACAUCAUGCAGACACUGUCACGCUACUACAGCAACGCUUUCUCUGAUGCUGACCGACAGGAUGCCAUCAACUUAUUUCUCCAAGUCUACCAGCCGGCAGAGUCCAGCCCACACUUAUGGGAGCUACCCACUGACUUCUACCUGCAUCAGAAGAGCACCAUGGUCCUACCCACAGACCGACGCAGCUACACACUGUGGUGGUCAGAGGAAACACUGUCCUAUCUCCCUGUCGCCUAUGAUGAAGUCCCUUGUGAAGAAACCAUGAAGAAGGUGACAGUCAAGCGAGUGAACCAUUUCGAUGAGAGCACGGACAUCUACACAGAGUUCUUCAAGCCUUACGAGCUGACCUCCUUCGACGACACCUUCUGCAUAGCUAUGACUAACUCAGCAAGGGAGUUCAUGCCUAAAACAGUUGGAGUGGAUCCGAGCCCUUUCACUGUCCGCAAGCCAGAGGAGACAGGGAAAUCAGUGCUGGCCAAUAAAAGCAACAAAGAAGAGACGCUACUCCAGAGGAAGACAGCAGCGAGUGCACCUCCUCCCCCAAGCGAGGAGGCCAUCUCCAGCUCAUCGGAGGAUGACUCUGAGGAGGACCGCGAUGAUGACGCCUCUGUCUCUCAGCGCUCCACCCCAAUUAAACUUCAUACAGAUGGCGGAGAGAGCAGCCGCGCCCAAGAGGAGACCCAGCAGCAUUCCAUCAGGGAGCCCUACGGACUAGAUUUGGCCCAGUUUCCUGCCGAGCACGACCUGCUGAUUUACAACCGGUAGGACGCACUCGUCAC